AGCCAAGCACGUUCGCGCCAUUAGCCUUGUGAGAGGCUGACCCGUAUGUUCUGAAUCAUCAUGUGUAUGAGAUUUCACACGUUUACAUCUUCAUGCCAAUCAGCAAGAUUACUUCGGAAUCGCUGUAGUAUAGCAGGUUGUUUGCCGUCUUGAUCGAGUGCUUAGUUUAGGAACAAAGUAAAGGUGCAGCAGACAAAAUGCCGAAAGGAAAACGCAAGGGAAAGUCAGGGUCAUCAGGCCAGAAGAUAAGAUCAGAUGGUCUUGGAAUAACGUCCGAUGAAGAUUCCUUGAAUGACAAUGCCAGUGUGUUCAGUCUACCUUCAGACACUCACAGUGUUGUAGACGAAGUCAAUGAACAGGAGACUGAUGAAACUGCCAUUGAGGAAGAGUUUGAAGAGCGGCUUCGUGAUGCUAUUGAUGGACUUAGUCAAAAAUCGGCUCAAGGACGCACUCAGUGCUUGGAAGCUGUCAGUAAAGCCUUUGUCAAACGUUUCAUCCCUGACUUCGUUGUUGACAGGCGCUUAACUAUCUCUGAUGGCAUUGAGCGAUGUCUCAAGAAGGGCCGAGGUGCCGAGCAAGCGGCUGCCGCACAGCUGGCCCCAUUGAUGUGUGUCCAACUGGGACUUAAUGACUACUCUGAAGAAUUAUGCCGUGAGUUGGCUCCCGUGUUGAUGCUUGUUGCCAGAGACCCUUCAGUAUCCCCCUCAGCACGCUCCAAAUGUUGCUGGGCAUUGGGCCUUUUGACGUUCCUUGCUGGUGGAGAGAUGCAGGAUGUCAUGGAACGCAUGAGAGCUUUAGAGGCAAUAUUUUCUGGUUCUUACCUCAAAGGUGAUGGAACGAUGCCUACUGUCACCCCUGAAACUGGUGGUCUUCAUGCAGCGGCACUUUCGGCUUGGAGUUUAUUGCUGACGUUAAUGGCACCUGGAGAUGUUUUCAUGUAUACAUCAGAUGAAGAUUGUACUUACCUUCCCAAAUUAAAUCAACUGAGUGAAUUACUGGAAUCUGCGCACCUAGAAGUUCGUUUAGCUGCUGGUGAGCUUAUUGCACUUCUUUAUGAACAAGGUCGUUCACAUGAUUCAGACUUCUGUUCAGACUUUACUGAAGAACUGGUUGGUAAGAUAAGGCAGUUGGCUACAGAUUCCCACAAAUACAGAGCUAAGAAAGACCGAAAGCAGCAACGGUCUUCAUUUCGGGACAUCUUACAGUAUGUUGAAGAGGACAUACCACCUGAAGUACAAGUUCGCUUUGGCCAAGAAGUGUUAUUGCUAGACUCCUGGUGCCGUAGAAAGCAAUAUGAUGCCUUCUGUCAAGUCCUUGGUUCUGGUAUGAACUUGCAUCUUACUGAGAAUGACCUAUUGCGAGAUGUGUUUGAGCUAGGAGAAAAGUUAUCACCACUGAACUAUGCAGCCAACAAACAGACCAAGCAAGAAAGGCAUCUUCUGAAUGCAGCAUCUUUUAAGGCAAGGACGAUUUCCCGCGGCAAGUAUCGCGACAAGAGGUCUACUGUAGUUGGUUGCUAGAAAAAUUUCUGUGUGUUUAACGACUCCCAAGUGAUGCUACAAUCAUUCAAAGAUACUUGGGAAAUUUACAGUGUAUAUGUGCCACAGUUUUUCAUGAGCUCCCUGUGACUGAAGACAAGAAGACAAGUUUAUUAAUGUUCUUUGAAUCCAUAAUGACUGUUUACCCUUUCCCCUUUAUUAUUAUGUGGAAGGGAUUGUAAAAACAGAUUUUUUCAAGAAAUAUAAUUAUGUGUCUCUCACACUUAUAUUGCCAGAAUUUCCUGUGGACAUUGCAAUGUAGGAACUGUAUCAUGUUCAAAUUGCUGUAAGACUGCCAAACACAACAAUCAUUGGUUUAUGUAGUCUAGACAUGUGGUUUCUCACAAAUGAUGCCAAAAUUCUAUAUUGAAUUAUUUAUCAAUGGAGGACACCAACAUGAUUUUCUUUUAGAAUUAUGAUGAAUUCAGUUCCUUCUACAGUGAAAUCAAUAUUAUUGUAUUGGGCCUUUUUUUCUUUUCUUUCUCUAUUUUGGUUGUUUGUGCCAGUCUUCGUUGUCUGUAUCCUCUUUUGCCUUCCCCUCCCUGAAUUUUAUUAAUUUGUAUUCCCAUGUAUUUGCUGAUGUGUCUUUUUCUAGCCUCCUACUGUGAGGCAAGAUGGCAUAGUUUAGUUUGUCUUUGUGUCUUUUUAACUACUGUGGCGUUGCUUGGGUGUCCUUAUUUAUUCAUCUUAUAAUUUGGCUGUAUAAUUAUCAAGAAUUUUGUGUGAAAUCAAUUUUGUGUGAAUUUCUUUCUGUGGACUCGACAUUGACAAAAAUACUUUGUCAGUCCUGUUCGCUUGUACAUUCAAAUAUUUUGUUUUCCAAUCAUCAACCACAUUAAAUCAAUUUUUCAACAGAAACUGUGAAUUCACACAAACUCUAUUAGUUGUAUUUGCUUUAUGUGUCAGUCAUAUUGAUCUGGGUAUGGAAUGGAACAUAUUGAAGAGAAGCUACUAGUACUAUUUUUAGCUGGAUUGGAAUGCAUUAGUUCAGUCGGCUUGUGGCUAAUUGUAAUUUAUAGCCUCAGGUGUAGAGGCUUUAGCUCAAAUUGAUAUUUGUUAUUGUUUUCUGUGUGUCAUUUUGAAUGUAAAGCACAUUUUUCCUGGACCACUGGGGGAGUUAGAUAUUUUGUUACCUGUGAUCUCAGUUUAUUGUUUCCAUUAUCUGGCCACAAUGGUGUCCAGGAGGGUUUGCAUAUGCGCUAAGUUUCAUGCCAAAUAUCAUAACGCGGGCACAAAAUUUAUUUACUGCAUGUAUUGUUUUCAGUUUUUACUUAACUUCUGGCCAGCUGAGUUUUUUAGAUGAUACUACAGUAUCAUUAAAUGAGCAAUGGUGCUAUCAAUCCAUUUUCCUUUUUAAGUGUACUUGUAUGUUGGUUUUUUUGGGUUGUUUUUAUGCAUUAUAAACAUGAUGUUUCUCUAAAAGAGAACUUUCAUCUGUUCUUAUUUAUGACGGACAAAUAUCUUGGGUUGUCUUAUGUCUAGCUUGAUUUUAUGCCAUUUUCCCAUUAGGUACAAAUUUUGCUUUGAGCAUUGUUAUGAUAGUACCUAUUUCUUUAUGAAACUCAUUUCAGUUUCAUCAUUUAUCUUACAAUAACCCAGCUGAUGUCUGGGCAACCUGGCAGGCCAGGCAACCAGGCUGAUUAUUGUCAGUAUAUAAAUGUCUCAAAAAGAAAAAAAGAAGAAAAUGUGUGCAUUAUAAUUUGUGACAAUUUGUUAAAUAAAAGUUGCAGUAACCUCUUUGUA